AUGGCCAGGGGCAGCGCGGCCGCCGCCAGCGCUGGCAGCGCUGCCGCCGUCGCCCAUCUGGAGGCACUGCAGCACCGGCUGCAAGCGGAGGCCGAUGCAGAAGUCAAGGUGGGCCAAGACGGUUACUUCAAGGGCGUCAUUUUCCAUCGUGGGGUCAAGACGCCGGCCGUGGAGGCCGUGUGCAAGGCGUUUUUGAAAGAGGUGGCUGCGGAGCCGGCCGGGCUGCGGCAGCUGGGCCUCGCGCUGCUCCGUCAGCCGCUCCAGGAGGACAAGCUGGCCGGCAUGCUUUGCUGGAGGCAGUGCCUGCUGGAGGCGGGCUUGGCGGAGCAGUGGCGGGAGGAGCUGCGUGCGCUGCAGCAGAUUUACACCGAUGGCCACGUCUUUGCCUGGUCCACCUGCGACUGGAUCUGCGGUCGUCUGCUGGCUCCAAUGAUCAAGCUGCUGCUCAAGAGCGAGCCCGCUCAGGGAGAGGCAUGCGCCUCGCACGUGCUGGCCUGGUGCCGGCACGACAACCUGUGGCUGAGGCGCUCCUCAGUGGUGGCUUUUGUGACCAUGGCCAAGCUGCCAGACGACAAGGCGAGUUGUCUCCAUGUGUUCCCCGGCUUCCGCGCCAGCCUACUUGAUGCCCUGGCAGCCACGGUGCGGGGAGAGGAGCGCUUUGCCCAGACUGGCACGGGCUGGGUUCUGCGGGAGCUGGGCAAGGGCGACUCGCCGUGUAUGCUGCAGUUUGUUGGGGCCAACCUGGAGCACUUUUCCCGCGAGGGCCUGCGGUACGCUCUUGAGCACCAGCCGGCGGCGGUGCGGCAGCCGCUGAUGGAUCGGCACAAGGAGCUGGUGCCCAUGCAGCGGCAGCAGCAGCAGCAGCAGGGAGAGGCAGACGCAUCCCGGCCGGCUGCCGCGAGGCGCGGUCGGCGGAGGCAAGAUGUGAAAGAUGCGGGACUGGAGCAGGACGCAGAUGGAGAGAAACAGGCUGCGGCAGCCAAGCGCCGCAGGAGGAAAGAAUGA